GGGAGCGCUCGGUGCCUCAAAAUGUCCUCCAGUGGCACCCUCAGCAACUACUACGUGGACUCGCUCAUAGGCCAUGAGGGCGACGAGGUGUUCGCGGCGCGCUUCGGGCCUCCAGGGCCUGGCGCGCAGGGCCGGCCCGCAGGUGUGGCCGACAGCCCGGCCGCCGCCGCUGAGUUCACUUCGUGUAGUUUUGCCCCCAAAUCGGCCGUGUUCUCCGCCGCGUGGUCCGCGGUGCCCGCCCAGCCCCCGGCGGCGGCGGCGAUGAGUGGCCUGUACCACCCAUAUGUGCCCCGGCCGGCCACUGGGCGCCACUACGGGAUUAAGCCUGAAACUGGAGCGGCCCCGGCCCCCGCCGCCGCUUCCGCCACUUCCACGUCCUCCUCCACGUCCUCGUCCUCCUCCUCUUCCAAACGGACUGAGUGCUCCGCGGCCCGCGAGUCCCAGGGGAGCGGCGGCCCCGAGUUCUCCUGCAACUCCUUCCUGCGGGACAAGGCGGCGGCGGCGGCGGCGGCGGGCACCGGGGCGGGGAUCGGGUCCGGGUCCGUGGCGGGCGGCUCGUCAGAGCCCUUGGCUUGCAGCGACCACCCGAGCCCCGACUGCCCACUGAAGGAGGAGGAAAAGCAGCAUCCGCAGCCGCCGCAGCAGCAACUUGACCCAAACAACCCGGCAGCGAACUGGAUCCACGCUCGCUCCACGCGGAAAAAGCGCUGCCCCUACACCAAAUACCAAACGCUGGAGCUGGAGAAGGAAUUUCUCUUCAACAUGUACCUCACCCGGGACCGGCGAUACGAGGUGGCUAGAAUUCUGAACCUCACAGAAAGACAGGUCAAAAUCUGGUUCCAGAACCGUAGGAUGAAAAUGAAAAAGAUGAGCAAGGAGAAGUGCCCCAAAGGAGACUGA